GGAGGGCGAGUUGUUGUGUUGCAGUUGGCCAGCCGCUGUGAGAGGCGGUGGCGGCUCCUGGAGCAGGAAGGGAAAGGCGGCGGUGACAGGUAGGCGCCUGCUGAGCGGUCGAGGAACUAGACGCGGCCGACGCGGAUGGGUGGUUCCCUCCGUGGCCGAGUAGAAGAGAGCGCGCUGCACUGGAGGGGCUGGACCGAAGGAGAGGGUCGGGGAGCCCCAGGGGUUGGUCAGUCAGUCAGCUGCUUCCCAGCCUCUGGCUGCCCAGGUAAACGCCUCGAGAGUCGUGAGAAGACAGCUCCGGAAGACCCUCGCGGGGGCGGCGCAGGAGGCGGGAGGAUCGAGUUCGAAGUGGGGCCUGCGGGGCGGGCAGCAAAGAAGGAAAGAAGAGACGCUUGAGCUUCGGCUGUCAACAGUAGGAGACUGGCUAUUUUAAAAAUUCAACAAAUGUAUUCCACACUUGAAAUCUGCUGUUUUCUUCUACUACCACCUCCUUUAGAAAUCUGACUUCUUAAACAAAAGAUAAAAGAGGAGUCAACGGUAUAAGAAGAUGUUGGGAUCUGAACGUGGUGUAGUGGAAGAAUGGCUUUCAGAAUUCAAGGCAUUACCUGAAACUCAAAUCACCAACUAUGCAGCAACUCUGCACAGGAAAAAAACACUGGUACCUGCUCUCUAUAAAGUCAUUCAAGACUCAAAUAAUGAGCUCCUAGAACCUGUCUGUCACCAGCUUUUUGAACUAUAUCGUAGUUCUGAAGUUCGGCUCAAGAGAUUCACUCUGCAAUUCUUACCAGAAUUGAUAUGGGUUUAUUUACGACUUACUGUUAGCCGGGACAGACAGAGUAAUGGUUGCAUAGAAGCACUGCUACUAGGGAUCUAUAAUUUGGAAAUUGCUGAUAAAGAUGGAAACAAUAAAGUGCUAUCUUUUACUAUCCCUUCCUUAUCCAAGCCUUCGAUAUACCAUGAGCCCUCAACUAUUGGAUCUAUGGCCUUGACAGAGGGAGCACUGUGUCAGCAUGACCUCAUUAGGGUAGUUUAUAGUGAUCUUCAUCCUCAGAGGGAAACAUUUACUGCACAAAACAGGUUUGAGGUUUUGAGUUUUCUCAUGCUCUGCUACAACUCGGCUAUUGUUUAUAUGCCUGCCUCCUCUUAUCAGGCACUGUGCCGCAUGGGCUCCAGGCUUUGCGUGAGUGGUUUUCCACGGCAAAAUGAAAAACACUGGAAAGAACCCUGUGGCCGAAUAGUAUUGGAUCCUGAAUUUAUGGUGCAGCUUCUGACAGGUGUCUAUUAUGCCAUAUAUAAUGGACAGUGGGAUCUUGGCCAAGAAGUACUGGAUGAUAUUAUUUACAGAGCCCAACUAGAACUUUUUUCUCAGCCAUUACUGGUUGCUAAUGCCAUGAAGAAUUCAUUACCAUUUGAUGCUCCUGAUUCUUCACAAGAAGGUCAGAAAGUACUUAAAGUAGAGGUUACACCCACAGUGCCAAGAAUUUCUCGGACUGCAAUCACAACUGCUUCAAUUCGUCGUCAUCGAUGGAGGCGAGAAGAUGGCUUUGACUUCUCAAACGAGGCUGACUCGAGUAUUCCUGGCUCCCCGAUCCAACACGGCUCCACAGACCUAGGGAUCAAACGUGUGCAAGAGGGGGAGGUGCUGAUGCGCAGGACCCCUGAGCAUGGCUCGCCGGAGCCCACCUUGGCAGCAGCCACAACAGAGGGUGCUGAGGGUGUAAAUGGAGGAGAGGAGUCUGUGAACCUGAAUGAUGCAGAUGAAGGAUUUUCAUCAGGGGCUUCCCUCAGCAGUCAGCCAGUUGGGACCAAACCAUCAUCCUCCUCUCAGAGGGGAAGCUUAAGGAAAGUAGCAAGUGGGCGGUCAGCCAAGGAUAAAGAAACAGCUUCUGGUACCAAAUGCAUCGAGAGCCCUCGAGAGUCCGUAGUUCGUAAGCAGUACACACACCAACCAGCUGAUAUUAGUGUAGAUUCCAUUGAGUUGACCCCGAUGAAGAAACACCUGAGCUUACCUGCUGGCCAGGUGGUGCCAAAAGCUAAUAGCUUGAGUUUGAUCCGGACGGCCAGUGCUUCCUCAAGUAAAUCAUUUGACUAUGUGAACGGCAGUCAAGCCAGUACAAGCAUUGGGGUUGGCAAUGAGGGAGUUACUAAUUUAGCAGGUAGCAAUGUCAAUCGAUUUUCAACUAUCAGUCUACAGGAAGACCGGCUAGGUCAAGCUGGGGAAGGUAAAGAUCUUCUCAGUCCGGGAGCCCCCCUAACUAAGCAGUCUCGCUCCCCAAGUUUCAAUAUGCAGCUGAUAUCACAGGUGUAGUUUUGACAGCUCUACUUUCUUCUUUUGCUUAUCUUUUAAAAUCAAACAUUUCAUUGUGCAAGAAGAAACUUCAUCCCACAGUCUGAAACUACUGACCAUUGUAAUCAGAUUUGAUUUGGUUUAGGUAUCAUCAUACUGUAUUUUGUACUGAAACAGCAAUAAGAUUUUCUUUCCCUUCCUGUUCUUCCUCUCUAUUUCCCAAUCCUCCCUCUCUCCCCCCACAAAAAUGUGUUUGUGAAGCAGUAUAAAAUGUAUGCCUUUUUCAUGCCUUCCUUUCUCCUUGGGUGAUGUGCAAUUCAUCGUAGGCUGAUCGGUCCCAUUUCAACACUGUGAGACUGCAGAGACAUUAGAGGAAAUGGUGUAUGUGAUCCCUAUGAAAUGAUUCUUUGGCUUUGUUAAGAAAUAGAAAACGGGUUUUCUCAAUGCACAGAACUAUGAAAACUACUGGAUUGUAUGUUUGUUUUUUUUCCCUCAAAACCAGGAGUGCCUCAGAGAUUCUACUAUGACUUUGGACUUCUCUGAGUUUGUGCAAUCUUUUGUUUCUUUCUUUCUUUUUUUUUUUUAAUUUUUAAGAAGUUUGGGGAAAGGAGAUGGGGGGAAAUAGAUCAGAUGUGCUCCUAGCUCUGCUGCACUUUUUCAUUAAAAUGAGGAUAGCUCUUUUCCCCCAACUCUUUUACUCUUAAAUGUUAAAACAUUUAGUCACUGAAACAUUCAAACCAAGUUUUGAUCGUCUCCAUUACAGAGAAGACUCUUAAGUUUAUUGUACAGAUGGUAAUGCACUUUUAUUGGCUUUAUAGCCAAAUGUAAUAUAAUGUCUUCCCUUUUUCCCACCAGGACAUAUAGGGUUAUUCUGUCUAUUGGUUAAAAUUUGAUACAAUAAACAAGUCCAAGAAUCCAGACGGGUUAUCCUAUUUCUUAGACAUGAUGAACAGUUUAUGAGUUGUUGAUGACUGAUUCAAACAAGUGUAUCUUCAAGUAAACAGAGAAAUUUAUCAGGUCAUCUUCAGGGAUACCAGUUAAUUAGUGAAGCCCUUUCAGACAUAUUUUGAAUAAGAAAUCUAAUCCUAAAAUUAUAUGCUUCAUGGAAGUACAUAAGAUAACUUGCUUGGGGGAAUCACUGAAGAUUCAGUAUGAUACAUUUUUAUAAAACAAUUUCCUACUAGGGGAUAUUGAAAUGUUUUCUGCUAACAGGACCACUCUACCUUUUUAUUCAUCAGUUUACUACAGUAUGUGAACAUGUUCUACAUUGAUUUGAAAGUGUUUUCCUCAUCCUUUUGAAAAUUUUAAAAUCAUGUCAUUGAGCUAGACAUUAAAUGUAUGACUAGCUUUUAGAAAUUGUGUAAGAAGCUACAAAAAUGUAUCUUUUGAAGUUCUGAUUUGAUUGAAGAAUCAUUUUAGAUACUACAUAGCUUCCCUGAUUUUUGGCUUUGCUAAUUAAAAUAGAAGGAAAUAUGCUGCCUUUGGAAAAUAAACACAUGUACACAUGCUCACAGAGAACAGUGUCUGUCACUCUACUGUCUUGGAAUUACAUAAGUUAUCUUCCUAUAACACAGAUCAGUGCUAAUGUUAUGCAGUUUUUUUUAGGCAUUUUUCAUUGUUAUUGUGGAAAAAAUGUUUUGGGGAAUUGUUAGAAAAUAGAUUUUUCUCUUAAAAUUCAAAAAAGUUGUAAGAAUAAUUUUAGAAAUUGAAAUUAUAUUGAAAUUGGAUAAACAUGAAUGCCAGAAAAGGCCCUUAAUUCUUCCUUUUUUUAAAUAAAAAGGAUCCUUUAAUUUUGAUGGGAAAGAUUUUCUUUCAAACAAUUACUAGAACAAUUAGAUUCUUAUUUCAAGAUGAUAUUCUGUCAUGUUUUCAGUUCAUAUGUAGAUCAGUGAAUCAAAGAUACCUAUACCACUGGCAAAGCCCAGAAGUAAGGUAGAGAUUUUAUAUAUACACAUUUGCAUAUGUACAUGCAUAGAUGUAUGUGUAUAAAUAUCUCACAUUUCAGACAGGCACAAUAUUUUUUUUAAUUGAGCCAUAAAAAUACCAUAGAAAUGAAAAAAAAAAAUCUUAAAUAAAUGAGAAGGCAAACUUUUGACCAUAUUAAAAUUUUAUGUAUAAAAGGAGAGGAUCACUUGUAAAUUACUGGAAGUAAUGAAUAACUGUUUUGCAGAAGACAUUUAUUUUAAAAGAGCAAAAGAUUUGUCUUUUGUAAAAUUCAGUAAUUCUGCAAACAUUUGUUAAGUGUCUUCAAGCACAAAAUUACAAGUAUAAACAGGAGUCUGAAAUAAUAAAUAGUACAAAACUUCAAAGUCCCCCUUUUUUCUUGCUCAAAGUACAAGAUGUAUAUAUAAACUUGAUUUUGAAAAAUAUUAUUUAUACUUUGGAGAUAUAUCUAUACUCAGUGUACACAUGCAUACUUAUUAUACCCAUCAGAACAUCAUAAUUUUGAUAAACAGUUGUGUUUUCAUUAUGUCCUUUUAUUUACUACAAUUAGAUUAUUUAUUGAGUUAAAAAUAGAUAUCCAAGUUAUUAAUAGCAAUUUAAAAAAAUAAUAAAAUGGCAUUAUCAUUGAGUUGUCAGUUUAGGAAAAUGCCUUAUGGCUUCCGGUAUAGGUUUUUGGAUGAUUGUUUGUUUUAUUUGUUGGCACUUUUUUCUUGAAGUAGUGCCUUUUUGUAUACACCAUAAUUGGGAUAUAGCAUUUGGAAAUCUUUAUUCAUGCAUUUUUAUCAUAUAAAUUAAUUCAUUUUAGACAGGCUAUUCAUAAUUUCCAUAAAGUGUCUUACAGAUCAUUAUAACAAACCUAACCUUAAAUGUAUCACCCAAAUCAGAAUUGAGCCAAUCUAUAGUAAAGCUAUUAAGGAAUGAAAUGCCAGUUGUCUAUAAUAAAGUAGGUUUUCAUUGAUGGUUGUCCAUAUUAGAUCAUGAUUUGGCAAAGUGCCUGAAGGGAUAGGAAAUAUUUAUAGGGUUAGAGCAGUUUAUUUUAAGCCCAGAUUAAAACAGCUCUUUCACUAAAAAGGAACUCGAUGAGAAGCAAAAUAAAGCAUAAAAUGAAAAGUUGCCUUUGGGGGAUAAAUUAUAAAAAAAAAAAAUUUAAGUAAGCUGCUCUUUGUUGGUAGUAGGGAGAUUUUAAUUUGAAGCUGUUGUUUUUUCUUAGCUUACUCUAUUCUACAUGUGUGUUGUAGAAUCAUGGGAUUUUGGAGCUAGAAGGACUUUGAAGAUUAUUUAGUCCAACCCCCUCUCUCCCUUUAUAGAUGGGGAAGCUGAAGCUCAGAGACAUAAAGUAGUUUCUCCAAUGCUACACAGCUGGUGGAAACUAGGACUAAAUGUAGGAUUCUUGUCUCUAUAGUGCCUAUACUAGGCACUUCCCAUUCUUUUCCAGUACAUAUAGUAUAUAGCAUUAAGCACCCUGAUCCCUUCAGUCCUUUAUUCUGUUAUAUGGUACAGCAUUUAAAGGAAAAGAUAUAUGCAAGCAAAAUGUAGGUUAAACCAUUUUUUCCAGUGGUUGGAUACUACAUAUAUACAAGUGCUGGAAAUGUAGGUUUCUUUGUACACAUAAGGUAGUAUUAAUAUAUUAUGUCAUAAUUUCUACCACAUUUUAUUAAUAUGCUUCCGUAUUUGAUAAUUUUUCUGAGGCUUUAUUUAAAGCAAAGUAACUCCCACUGCAAUGACUUAAUAUUUUUGUUAUUCAAAUUUUACUGAAAUAUCAACAUAGUAAUUACAAUUUUAAUUGAAUAUUUCAAAUUAGAAUUAAAGAACUGAAGUUUCUGCUCCAGUCCUUUUUUUUAAAAUAAUGUUUAGAAAUUAUACUUAAUAUUACAUUAUUAAUACAGGUUAAAUUUCCUGGCAUGAAUGGAAAGUUAUAUUUAUUGUAAAUCUUCUGCUUCUUUAUUGUAAUAGUAAUCAUAGUAAGUAAAUACCUUAUUAAGUGUCUUAUAGUUGCAGUAGUUUCAGAUGCUUACGUUUAACAUUUCUAAUCUGAAUUCUCAAAUUCUACUUGUUAACUUUAAAAUUAAUUAUCUGAUUAAUGACAUUAGGAAAACAAGAAUGAAAAAUUUUCUAAUUUGUUUAAUUUGCACUAUUUUAUGAAUAUUAGAAUGAAAUAGUAUUUUCUUUUCCUCACCACUUGAAGUUUGUAUGUGUACUUUGAGUAUGUUUAACAAUCCAGUUCCUUCAGUGAAUUCUCUCCCAUCUUCAUUUGUAAAUAGAAAAAAAAUUUUUAGGAUCACAGGAUAGUAGCCUUCUGCGGAAUAGUGGCAAGUAGAAUUGUCCCAAUUCUGCCCCAAAAUGUCAAUAUGUGUGUUUUGCAUAUUUGAAGAUCAGUAUUUUAUUUCUGCAUUUUGUUGGAGGGAAAAAGUAUAUUUUCUAAGUCAGAGCUAAUGAGUGAAUCAGGAAAUUCCAUAUAAGCUUUAGAGCCUUUUUUAUUUUAAGGCCAUGUUAUACAGUCUAUAUACAAGUUAUUUUUCAUCUUUCAAGAUAAUUGAUUGUUUCAGAGUAUUAAAAAAUCAUUUGACAAGCAUUUGUAAUGAUUAAUUUAUGGUUUGCCUUAAAGAUACAUGUUCCUUAAAAAAUUAUUUCAUAAAACAAAGUACUCAAACUCUCCAUAGAAUUUGUCAGAUUACAGAAUAGUAAAAUUGGGUUAAUGAUGCUAAUGAAAUCUUAAGUAGUCAUCAAAAUUGGUAUAAUUAGCCUUUGCCAAAAUUAUCAUUUUGAUGAUAGAUUUGCAUGUUCAAGAAAAUGAUUAACAGAUGAAUGAUCAUGCUGAGUCACUAGAAUUAAAAGAGUCCACCUUUCCCCUGGCCCCUCUAUUUGGGAGAAUUUAUUUUGAACUAGACAGUGUUUUUAUUUUAGAGAGAUACUACUUCCACAGUACUGUUUAGCAGUUAAAUUAGCUUGGAAAAAACUGUAAAACUAGCAUUGUCACAGUUUGAAAAGCUGAUUUGUAUGAAAUAAUAAGUAGUAUAGAGCUGGAAAUGUGAGUAAAGUUUUUUUGCUUCUUAAUUUGAAAAAAUAUAUUGGUUCAUUUACAGUUUUUAUAUAAAUGAAUUCUUGAAGGUACACUACUAUGAUGUUGAAAUAUGACUUAUAAAAAGAAUGGUAUAUAGAAAUAAGUGUAACUUGGACAAUAGCAGUGAGAUUGCCUAAUUUUUUUUAAUCGUUUCAAUGUAGGAAACUGUCAUAAAUCAUUUUUCCCAAAAAAAACUUAAUUGACUACUUCAUGCUCUAUAAAAGACUGAUUUCAUUCUGGGUUGCAUUGUUUGUAGAUUUUUAGUUCUAUGUUGCCUUUUUGUCUUCCCUGAUUUCAUUAUUUUACCAAAGAAAUUUACAGACCAAAUAUGAUUUUUAAAUUAUCUUGGAUUUGUACAAUUUCCCCCCCCCCCCUUUUUUUUUUUUUAAUUUGGAAAACAAGUAAACAGAAUAGAUUCUUUGAAAUGUAGAUUAUCUGUAGAUAUACUACACUUGGGAGUCUGGGUAGAAUUCUUAGAGGUUUCUAUUCUUUUUCUUUACUUGAAAUAAAUUGAUUUUUGUCCUUAUUCUAAUGGUGAUUUCUAUUAAUUUUAAGCUAACUUAAAAUGUAUAGAAGAUCUGAUUGUGUCUAUGAAGCAAAGUAAGAAUUAGAAAUAUUUUUCAUAAGAAAGUCAUAUAGAAGAUAAAGCCAUUUUCAAUAAAAGGUAAAUACAUAUAAAUUCAUAUGUUAUUGCCUACUGAAGACUUUUCUCAUGGCACAUGUAAUGUGACAUCUUUUCUAUAUCUUUGCACCAGUUUAUGUAGGAGAUUAAAGAUCCUCCAAUAUCCCAGUUUUGAAUAGAACAAUUUAAAAAUCAGUAAGUCAUCUUCAAACUGAGAGGUAGAGCCUCCAAGAAAAAUAAGAAUUGGCCUCAGGCCAUGGAUGAGCUUAGAAGGAACUUGGAAAAUCAAGUAAGAGAGAUAGAAGAAAAAUUAGGGGGAAAAAGAAAAAGCUAAUGAGAAGAAUGCCAUAAAAAACUGGCCAUUUGUUAAAGGAGGUACAAAAGCUCACUGAGGAAAAUAAUUUCUUAAAAAAUAGAAUUGAGGGGCAGCUAGAUGGCGCAGUGAAUAGAGCACCAGCCCUGAAGUUAGGAGGAUCUGAUUCAAAUCUGGCCUCAGAUAAUUAACACUUCCUAGCUGUGUGACCCUGGGCAAGUCACUUAACCCCAAUUGCCUCAGGUUCCUCCCCUCCCCCCCCCAAAAAAAAAGGAAGGAAGAAAAAAAAUUAAAUUGAACAAAUGGAAGCUAAUGACUAUGAGAAAUCAAGGCACAUUAAAGUAAAACCAAAAAAUUGAAAUAUCUCAUUUGAAAAAUAACUAACCUGGAAAAUAGAUACAGGAGAAAUAAUUUUAAAAUUAUUGGUCUUCUUGAAAGUCAUGAUAAAAAAAGAGAGAGAGAGAGAGAGCUUAGACAUCAUCUUCUUUCAAAUUGAGAGGUAGAGUGGAUGGAUUUGAGCACUAGGGAACAAUGUAACCCUAGGCAUAUCAAUACCCCCAGACAACUUGCUAUAACUAAGUUAGAGACGAUAGUUUAUCAUCAUCAACCUUCAAGGAGGUCUUCAUACCUCAUCACUACACUGAUGAAAUCAGAUGUGGACCAAAAAACACCUUAUUAAUGUGACAUGCCACAGGAAAGUCACAGAAAUGGACCUCUUUAAAUUAGCACUCACAAACAUUUCUGCUAGAUUUGUUUGUGGCAUAUGGGGAAUGUAAUUGGUAAAAUGGGUAAUUUCUUCACCUAUAAUCUAUAUGAGUAAUUACUCAGGAUUUUUUUUUUCUUAAUAGUUAUCUUGAGCUAAGAAUUACUUAUGUAUAAUGUGAGCUGAUUGGAUUACUACUCUUAAAUCUGCCAUUUUAACUAGUCAUUUAUUAAAAAUAAGAAAUGUGAUCAAGAAAAUAAGAUGCUUUACUCAAGUCACUUCUGCAAAAUGUUUUUCCUUAACAGAGAAAUUAGAAAAAUGAUUAAUGGUUUGGUAAGUUUAACUAGACCAUUUUGAAGCUAUAAAUAGGUUUGUUUUCUAGACAUUAGGAGGGUAUUUUUUUUUUAAGUUUUAUUAAGAAAACUGUACUGAGAAGUAUGCCCCUCAUGUGGUCUUUUUAACAUUUGUAAUAAAUUCAUAUACUUUACAAUGAAUCUUUUUGAUUCUUAUCCUUGAAAUUAUACUGGAUUUACAUUCAGUUUGACUAGCUAAGAGAUACAAUCUUUAAUGGUUAAAAGAUUAUUUUCAUACUUGUUUCUCAUGCUAGUUUGGCUCUUCUGAGCUAAGGUUUCUGAAGGACUUUUAUGACUUUGGCAUUGUAUAGUCUUCUCUGUCUUAAUAGAAAAGGAAGCAGUAAAUAAAUCCUUGCUGAAAAUAGUUUAUUAGAUGAAAAGUUGUGGACCAUGUUAAAAAACAAACAAAUAAAAAAAAAAAAACCACCUUAUUUUUCACCAGCAUUAAAUUGAUGGUUGCACUAACCUGCCCAACUAUUUAAGAUUUAUUGCUGGUGAAAGUUUAAACAAGAUAAAUAUCUAAAAAAUGAGAUCUCUUCUGUGUGAUGUUCCUUAACCUAGGACCAGUAAAAAUCUUCAUUCUUUUAGAACUGAGGGUGACACACACAUUGAAGAUCAUGUGCAUGUAAGCCAUUAUUUUAAUAAUUGUCUUACUGAAAUUGGUUAAUGCUAUUGACUGUUGUUGAAAUGUGAAAUAUAUUUACUGUUGACCUUGUAAAUAUCUGCCAGAGAUUAAAAAAAUAUUUUAAGUCAUUGUAAAUAGAGAUGUAAAAAAUUCAUUAUCAGUCUGCCAAGCAGAAAAGAAUAUCUAAAAAUGUUAAAUAAAUAUUGUGUUUCUGGAGAGCUGUGUACUUUUUUUCCCCCAAAAUAUAAAGGGACUCAAUGCUUCCCUUCAGAUAUUAA